AUGGCCGCCAAACCUAUCACACCGGUAUGGCUUCUAUUGCUAUCGUUUUCAGCAAGUGUGCCGUUUGUUGCUGGCGGUGAACUCAGCUUCCUUGCCUUAGGUGACUGGGGAGGAUUUGAAUUAUGGCCAUACACCACUCUCGUCGAGAGGGCCGUGAGCGAAGGCAUGAGCAAAAUCGCCGAAAAGCUGGAAGCGCAGUUCACUGUUGCCCUGGGUAAGUUGAUAGGUUCAGAGUAAAAAUGAAUUCAAUGAUUAUCUACUGUUCACCCUUAGUUGUGAAUAGACUUAUGCAUGAUUCGCCAAAAAAAUUUUUCCGAUUGGAUCAUUCCCUCAAAGGAGUUUUACUUCACGGCACUUCAGCUGAUUACCGCAAUUAAGCAAUAGAAAGCUAAAACGUAAAGUACACCGUGACGUGUUUAAUACAUAGUUUAUAACCUCUCUGAAACGGUCAUUAUAGGCCAAGCAUCACGAUAUUCCAAUCCAAUUUUUUUCAGAGCCAUGUGGCCUGUGUAUUUAAUGUGACUUGUAUAAUAAGGUAGCAACGAAUCAGUGCUUCUCUUGCAAUUAUAAGGCUCCGGUGAAAAUUUUCUGCCAUCAAAAUCUGUGUUUGACCUUUCGCGAUCUUUUAUAAUACAGUCGCGUGAUCUCUCAAGUCAAGGUCCGGAAACGACCCCCCGUGUUUCCGCUAUUUCAUUGGCUUUAUAACGAUCUCCUAUUUCGACACACGAAUGUAAGUCGGGCAAAUUUCAGUCUACUUCAUCCCCGUUUCUUGCGCUUCACCAAGGCCUAAAGAAAUCUAGCCCGUUCCAAGCGUUCAGAUAGUGGAGAGCGGUGCCCCCUCCCUCGCUUUUAUUUUUUCGCGCUCCUUUUUUCUUCGCACCGCUCCCCACUAUCUGAACGCCUGGAACAGGCUAAAAGAAAUCUAGCCCCCUUAACCAUUUUUUAAAUGCUUAAGCCCAAUUUCUACAUGAUAGCUGGGAUCGCUGAAAGACGUCUAGUGAGCUGAACGUUUGUAACAACUCCUUAUAGUCUUUUUGGCAGGCACUCUGAAGGGGUACAGAAGGGAGGAAUUUCGGGAUGGGGAAUUCUGGCUCGCAAUGGAACAAAUGGGAAGGGCCUUUCCUCUUCCCUCGCAGACCGUUCGCGUCCUCUCGCGGCCGAAGAUCGAUCCUCUUGCCCUUUCUUCUUUUCCGCUCGCCGAUCACGCAGGCUACAAUCAUAAAGGGACAGUAGGGGAGCCAAGGUGACUGGGGUGGGGAAUUAAGCCCUCUCCCCACUUUCUACUUUUCACUACAAGUCACUUGUCAGCCGGCUCUCCACCCAUCCCCCCUUCAAAAAAUCCGUCUUCAGUGUAGCAAUUAUACGGAAACCACUGAAACCAGCAUCAGCAUUUGCUGAUGUCUGUUUAAAAAAGUUUCACGUAGCGAGACAUUAUUAGCUACCUGUUCUCAUCAAGGUGACAUUUUUUCGGGUUGGGGUAUGUUUCGAUCGCAUACCUUCCGCGCGGCCGCAAUGGGUACCCUUUGCGGUAAGGGACAAUUUUAGCGACCUAAAAAAUCGCGAUAAAGUUGCCGAUAGGCUCAUGGAUUCACCCAAAUUCUGUCAUAUUACUGUUAAUCCCUAGGUGACAACUUUUAUCUUUUUGGAGUUAAAAACGUAGAUGACAAGAGAUUCAAAGAAACAUUUGAGGAUGUGUUUACUGACAAAUCGCUCAUGACCCCUUGGUACUUCUGCGCGGGAAAUCAUGAUCACUAUGGAAACGUGUCAGCCCAGAUCGCUUACAGCUCCAAGUCAAAACGCUGGAAUUUUCCAAAUCCUGGAAGAUUCCUGGUAAGUACAAUAACCCAUUAUUAAGGUUGACAGAAGACAGGUGACAUUAACCUUGUUCAUAGGGCAUUUCCCUUGACAAUUGGUAGGGGGAAAAGGCUCGCCCCCCUGGAUAUCCAUUGGGCGAGGUUGGGGGUGAUAUGGCGUAUUUGUAGGCAACCAGCCUAGUUGAGAUAUAUCGACUUUCAAUAUUGAUUGCAUUUACAGCAGUCUAGUUUGGUUUAUGAUAUUUAGGAUUUGCAAACUGAAAAAGAGGGAACGCGAAAGAAUCGAACGAAUCAAGCAUACACGCCUGCUUUCACAAUUUUCUCUGUGCAAUGGUAACUAUGCACGCAAGCUAUGAUUAGUCUAGUAAAAUAGCACAGUCUAAUAUGAUCCUGACGGCAAGAAGACUCACCAAAAAAUCAUAGCAUCCAAUAUUAAAUUUAUUUGCCCGGUAUAAAUUUUUGUUUGCAAAAAAAAAAAGAAAGAAAAGAAAAGAAAACUCUCUACGUGGAUUUAGUAUUCACGAUUUUUACUGAUGCAAGUCCACACUAGUAUCCGUCACUCUUCACUUGUUUUUCUUGGUGGUUUUGCGUUUAUUUGUUUUUUUUUUUCAAGUAUAAGCCCUCACUUGCCUAAAAAGCUUCCUCAAAAAAGGUUUAGUCUUUCGUUCAGAAACUUUGAAAUGCCGAUUCCUUAACCAUCCUUCCAUCCUUCAAAUAAUGAAGAACCCUCUUUUGGUGUAGACUAUAGUCUCCAGUUUGUUAUUCUGUUUUGGCUAAAUAAAAUUUAUAUAUAUUGUGUGUUCCUGUUGAUUCAUUAUCUGAUAUUAUACAUAUGUUGGCUGGUUGGGUCGUUCUUCAAGGUUCUGACAUUGAACUUCAGUUGGUUCUUCUGGACACGAUUCAACUCUGCGGCGACUCGGGGACGAUCAUUUCAACACACAGCCACAAGGUAAACUGUUAUAUUACUAUAGCUAAAGCUGAACUUUAUUAAAUAAAAAUUUUUCCUGUGUUUACAUCUUUCUACCCUUAUUUAGUCCACUCUCGAUUCAACCUCAUUUCCAAAAAAAGGCAAAACGAAAAAGAAAAAACCAUAACAACCAGGAGACUACCCCCUUAAGGACAGUUGCUGAAUCAUAUUAGAUGAAAUAGCAAAGUUUGGUAUACUGACACAGCUUAACGGUGUCAAGAUGGUUGCUGUACAUCCCAAUCCUACCCCCGCCCCCACCUUGUCAAAUUACCCAUGCAGUAUGACCUCAUAUUGCUGGUUUGAAGGUGAUGUCACGGCAGCUGUGUUAGUGGUCAAGAACAAAUUAAAGCAUUUCUCCCCUCUGGGAGCUAAACAAAAUAAAAAUAAAUGAAUAGCGAUUUGCAGAUUAGCACAUCCACAUAGUGGUUCUUCGUCUACCUGAUUCCUGGUCGAAUUGGAAUAUGGGGAGAGGGGAAAACCGGAGUACCCGGAGAAAAACCUCUCGGAGCAACGGAGAGAACCAACAACUCAACCCACAUAUGGAGUCGAAGCCGGGAUUUGAACCCGGGCCACAUUGGUGGGAGGCGAGCGCUCUCACCACUGCGCCACCGUUGCUCCAUUUUCAUGUAAAUUCUUCUAGAAAAGAUUCUAUUGUAUUGACCCCAACACGGCCGCCUUAAUUUUUACGUGGUUGCAAACCAAGAAUUGGACUUACAGUUGACUAAAACGUUAAACCCAAUUACCUUGUAGAGCCUGA